GGCGGGGAAAAGCGAGGAGCUCCUCCUCCUCCAGGCUGCCGUCGUCACCGCGGCUGCUGCUGGACCGGAGCAACCCAGUACCAACAACCACAGCAGCUGGCUGCCCCUCCGUACUGUGGGAAGACUCUGUGCAGCCAGGAGCCUCCCGUCAUUUGUCACCGUGAACGACAUGGCCUCCGACGGCAUGGACGAGCGAUCUCCUUUGCUGUCGGGCCCCAACUCCGAGAAUGUGACCCCCACUGCUCCCCCGUACCUGCAGGAUCCAAGUCCCCGAGCCGAACUACCUCCUCCUUAUACAGCCAUCGCCAGCCCUGACGCCGGCGGUGUGCCUGUCAUCAACUGCCGUGUCUGCCAGUCGCUCAUCAACCUGGAUGGCAAGCUGCAUCAGCACGUAGUCAAGUGCACAGUCUGCAAUGAAGCUACACCCAUCAAGAAUCCCCCUACAGGGAAGAAGUAUGUGAGGUGUCCCUGUAACUGCCUGCUUAUCUGUAAAGACACAUCCAGGAGGAUAGGAUGUCCUCGACCAAACUGCAGACGCAUUAUCAACCUGAGCCCAGUGAUGGUAAUCCCAGAGGAGCAACCCGCCCAGCCGGCGCUGCCUAUCCAACCUGAAGGGAUGAGAGUGGUCUGCGGUCACUGUGGCAACACCUUCCUAGGCAGUGAGGACGCCAGGUCAUCCCAGCCAAUGUCUGGUCUCCCCAGCGAUGGCUCUCCCCCAGCACAGCAACAGUGGAUGGAGCUUCGAUUUAACACGCUAGCCAAGUGUCCUCACUGCAAAAAAAUAUCCUCUGUUGGCAGUGCACUCCCCAGGAGGCGCUGUUGUGCUUAUAUAACCAUAGGAAUGAUCUGCAUUUUCAUUGGAGUUGGUUUAACAGUCGGGACUCGGGACUUUGCCAGUCGGUACAAUGCCACCUAUGUGUCCUGGGCUUUCGCCUACCUGCUGGGCCUCAUCUGUCUGAUACGAGCCUGCUACUGGGGAGCCAUCAAAGUCAGCUACCCAGAGAAUAGCUUUGCUUAGAACAGGAAUGUGUGCAAAGCGGUGCAUGGCUGGAAGUACAAACUCCACUUUUAGUUUUUUUCAUCUUGUUUCAGAUUUAAAACCAGUCACCUUGAGCAAAGUGCACAGUGUCUGGACAGGAGUGUUUUUAUUCUAAAGUGUAUGUGGGGAUGUCUCCUGUUGUUUUGUUUGGGAUGUUUUGACUUAUUGAUCAAACCUGCUGCCUGUCAGUCUAUCUGAUGCUUUCCACAGAGUCUAAUUAUUUCCAUUUUUUUUCAUCAAAAUCAAGAAAAAUGUAAUUCUUCUUAAUGAAUGACAACUACUCUUACAAAUGAGUUAGAUCGAGUAUUUGUGGACCAGUUGUUCUGCUUUUCAACAGUCUGAAUGACAUGGUGGCACCUACUUGAUUCCUCUUGUUACUGACCAUACCAAAAUGAGACAACAUCCUAAGAACAGUUUACCCAUUGCACAUGAUUUUAUGCAAUUGUGUUAUUUUGCUGCUAGUUAAACUCCAGCUACAAAAGCUGCAUAUUCAUACUGUAUUGUAACCAUUUUCCUUGCCUGUAUACACUGACAUAGUAUUGCUAUUAUGAUUUGAAAGCUCAAAUGAUCAAUUUUAAAGGAAAUUGUCAUUAUAUACCCAUGUGUGCCAACUUUGCUGCACAGUGUGAAGACGAGCAUAAGAUCAAUACAAGCUUGUGUUCAUUUAAUUUUGUGUGCCUGCAGCUUUUAAGUCACUACAGCAAUAACCCCUUUGGGUAAUUUUCCGUAGCCUCUCUCCCUGUGCUCCUCACCAUGAUUCAAAACUAUCCCAAAAAUGUGGUGACACACCUUUGCAUGUGAACUUGUUCAUCUGACUGAGGUGGUGCUUGUUUGGUUUCAGAGGUACCUGAAAGCUGUGAUGUUUCUGUUUUUGCUCCUUCUGCCUGUGAGUUUGAAUGUAAACCCUCCUUCCUCUGCUUAUAACGCUGCUCUCCAACCUCCAGUGAACUCAGUGCUAGCAGUCAUCUCUAUAUGCUAACUCAACAUACUCGCUCUGUAUCUUGACCAGUGGGCACAGUUUGAACUUCUAACCUUGUUUUGAAUGUGAUGAUGAUGAUGACGAAGAAAAUAAUAUUGAAAUAUUGUACAUAGCUCAAAUUCAGUACUUGGGAACGUAGGUAGUGUGAGGUGGAAGGAAAACAUGGUUCAUGGGUCUUUUUAAAAAUGAUAAUUUAUCAAUAAAAUGUAAAACCUG